AUGCUCUUGCGCAUCUAUAUCAAUCAGUCUGUUCCUAAAGCGACUCUUGCCCUCCCGGGCAGCUGCUGGUCCGAUGCGGCUAUCGAUGCACUCGCCCUCGCCCAAGGAAUUGUUGCUGCCGCCACCGAUAUUAUCCUCUUGACACUGCCAGUUGUCUUCCUCUGGAAAGUUAAGAUUGCUUGGCCGGUAAAGUUAGGCAUUUGCAGCCUCAUGGCGCUUGCAUUUGCUCACAGAGGCGGCGCUUUCGCUGCUGUGCGCACUGCAAUGGUCCCUGGCCUGACCACCACACGCGCCCCGACGUGGGAAUUGUUCCUUUAUCUCUGUGGGCUACAAUGGAAGCCAGCUUUGGUGUCAUUGCAGCGGCCGCAUCGUCGCUUCGUCCGCUCUUGA